ACUCCGGCUGAUGUGGCCGUACCGGGCCAGCGGGUCCCGGACCGCGGCUGGGCUGCCCGCUGCCUCCAGGCGGCCGGGCCGGGCACCGCGCUCCGCAGACCUGCGGGGCGUCCCGGCCCAGCGCCGGCCCCUUCCCCGGGCCCCCGCCUCGCUCGGGGGAAGGGUCCCGGUCCGGGCGCCCGGCUCGACGGGCCGCGGCGGGGGCCGGUCGCAGCGGCGGGGGCCGGUCGCCCCGGGGCCGCGGCGGGACCGGGCGGCGGCGGCCGAGCGGGGCGGGGAGGCCCCACAGCCGGUUCCCUCUUUGCCCGGCGUGUGAUUGGCGGCGGCUCCGGAGCUGCCUACCGCCGGCCAUGGAGCCUCCCCUCCGGCCCCCGGCCCGCUCCGCUUCCUGCUGAGGAAAACACCUGUCCGGAGCCGGGGCCGCGGCCGCGGCGCUGCGCACUUCCUUUGCAUCUGGAUAUGAGGGCGAGCAAGAAAAGCAGAACAGCUUAAACAAAGAAAUUUUUUGUGUGAAUGAUCUUCCUUUAAAAAAAUAGGAACUUCAGAAAUUAAACAAAUGAAUCGACUUCAGCAAUUCAGCCUUUAUUUUAUAACCAGAUUUCUUCUGGCAUGGAGUUGGGGGAUUAUGAACAGCCUGUUGUUAUGAGAGAAGAAAACAAACGAAGGAGAAGAAGAAUGAAACCUCAUUGUACAUCUAGUAAUUUGUCGUCAAUGGAACUGAUAUCCAUUGAGUUCAUUUUACCUACAAGCAAUAAACAUACUAAAGUACCGGAAAUGAUGUUACUCGAAAUAGCUGGCAACUGUACAGUUGAGCAAAUGAAAGCACAGAUUUGGAUGCGUGCAAUAGAAAUUAGUCAAACCACAGACUUCUACCACACAUUCACCCCGGAUCAAUUUAUUCUGCAGUAUCAGAAGAAAGGGCAAUGGUAUGAAAUUUAUGAUAAACAUCAAGUAUUACAGACAUUGGACUGCAUACUGUACUGGAAAGUGUUACAGAAAAAGGUAGGCAAGAUCUAUGUUGUCCAGAAACAAAAACCAUCAGAAGAAGUUCAGGAAUUUCAGCGACAGCUUAACAACUUAAUUGGUUAUGAUGUCACUGAUGUAAGCAACGUGCAUGAUGAUGAACUAGAAUUUACCCGUCGCAGAUUAGUCACUCCACGAAUGAUAGAGGUAGCCUGUAGAGAUCCUAAAUUGUAUGCAAUGCACCCCUGGACAACAUCUAAGCCACUCCCAGAAUAUUUAUUUAAAAAGAUCACUAAUAAUAACAUUUUCAUAAUUAUACAUAGAGGAACAACUAGCCAAAAAAUUAAAGUGUCAAUAGAUGACACUCCAGAUACGAUUCUCCACAGCUUUUUCACAAAAAUGGCGAAGAAAAAGUCUUUGAUGGACAUUCCUGAAGAUCAUAGUGAACUGGAUUUUGUUCUCAGGAUUUGUGGCAGAGAUGAAUACAUUACUGGAGAGACACCGAUCAAAGAUUUUCACUGGAUAAGACAGUGCCUUAAGAAUGGGGAAGAAAUCCACCUUGUCUUAGACAAUCCCCCUGACCCAAAUGAGGAUGAGGUUCAGAAGGAAGAGUGGCCCUUGGUGGAUGACUGUACAGGAGUUACAGGAUAUCAUGAACAAUUGACAAUAGACGGAAAAGAUCAUGAGAGAGUCUUCACUAUCUCUUUGUGGGAUUGUAAUAGGAAAUUUAGGGUGAAAAUAAUUGGCAUUGAUAUCCCAGUUUUACCGAGAAAUACUGAUCUUACUGUGUUUGUGGAGGCUAACAUUCAACAUGGGCAGCAGCUCCUUUCACAAAGGAGGACUUCAUCGAAGCCUUUCACUGAGGAGGUUUUGUGGAAUAUUUGGUUGGAGUUUGAUAUCAAAAUCAAGGACUUGCCUAAAGGAGCCCUCCUGAAUCUUCAGAUAUACUGCGGCAAAACACAGGGACUGUCCACAAAGACAAACCUUCAGUCACAUGAAUCCCCCAACUCUGAUUCAAAAUGCAAAACUCAGCUUCUCUAUUAUGUAAAUCUCUUGUUGAUAGAUCACCGUUUCUUGCUACGAAGUGGGGAGUAUGUGCUCCACAUGUGGAAAAUUCCAGGCAAGGGGGAAGAACAAGGAAGUAUCAAUGCAGACAAACUCACAUCAGCAACUAACCCGGAUAAAGAAAACUCAAUGGCUAUCUCUAUUGUGCUGGACAAAUAUUGUCACCCAAUUGCUUUGCCCAAGCACAGGAUAACAUCAGACCCCCAAGGGGAUAGGACACGAGCUGAAAUGCCCAACCAGCUUCGCAAGCAACUUGAAGAGAUCAUAGCAACUGACCCACUUAAUCCACUUUCUCCUGAGGACAAAGAACUGUUGUGGCACUUUAGAUAUGAAAGCAUAAAGCACCCCAAGGCGUAUCCUAAGCUGCUUAGCUCUGUGAAAUGGGGACAACAAGAAAUAGUGGCCAAAACAUACCAGUUGCUAGCUAAAAAGGAAGUUUGGGAUCAAAGCACUUUAGAUGUUGGACUCACAAUGCAACUUCUGGACUGUAACUUUUCGGAUGAAAAUGUCCGAGCAAUGGCAGUUCAAAAACUGGAAAGUUUAGAAGAUGAUGAUGUUCUUCAUUAUCUUUUACAGCUUGUGCAGGCUGUGAAAUUUGAGCCAUAUCAUGACAGUGCAUUAGCCAGAUUUCUGCUAAAACGGGGUUUGAGAAACAAAAGAAUUGGUCACUUCUUGUUUUGGUUCUUAAGAAGCGAGAUUGCCCAGUCCAUGCAUUACCAGCAGAGGUUUGCGGUCAUCCUAGAAGCAUAUCUUAGGGGCUGUGGAAAAGCAAUGCUACACGAUUUCAUGAAGCAGGUUCAAGUAAUUGAAUUGCUGCAUAAAGUCACAAUGGAGAUAAAAUCAGUUUCUGCAGAAAAGUAUGAUGUCACUUCUCAAGUUAUUGCACAGCUGAGGCAAAAGCUUGAAAAACUACAGAGCAGCAAACUUCCAGAAAGUUUUAGAGUUCCGUAUGAUCCUGGGCUAAGAGCAGGAGCCCUAGUGAUAGAAAAAUGUAAAGUAAUGGCAUCUAAGAAGAAGCCCCUCUGGCUCGAGUUCAAAUGUGCAGAUCCAACAGCUCUAUCAAAUGAAACCAUAGGCAUAAUCUUCAAACAUGGAGAUGACCUCCGUCAGGACAUGCUUAUUUUACAGAUUCUUCGAAUUAUGGAAUCCAUUUGGGAAGCAGAAUCUUUGGACCUCUGUUUGUUACCGUAUGGUUGUAUUUCUACAGGGAACAAAAUAGGAAUGAUCGAAAUUGUGAAAGAUGCUACAACAAUUGCCAAAAUUCAGCAGAGUACAGUUGGCAACACUGGUGCAUUUAAGGAUGAAAUACUAAACCAGUGGCUCAAGGAAAGAUGCAUGAUUGAAGAGAAGUUUCAGGCAGCUGUGGAAAGAUUUGUUUAUUCUUGUGCUGGAUACUGUGUGGCAACCUUUGUACUUGGAAUAGGAGACAGACACAAUGACAACAUUAUGAUUACAGAAACAGGUAACCUUUUCCAUAUUGAUUUUGGCCAUAUUCUUGGGAAUUAUAAAAGCUUCCUUGGAAUUAAUAAGGAAAGAGUUCCUUUCGUGCUGACUCCGGAUUUUCUGUUUGUCAUGGGGACUUCCGGAAAGAAGACAAGUCUCCAUUUCCAUAAAUUUCAGGACGUAUGUGUGAAGGCUUAUUUAGCUCUUCGACAUCACACAAACCUGCUGAUCAUCCUAUUCUCCAUGAUGCUAAUGACUGGAAUGCCCCAAUUAACCAGCAAAGAGGAUAUUGAAUAUAUCCGGGAUGCACUGACAGUAGGGAAAAGUGAAGAAGAUGCCAAAAAGUAUUUUCUUGAUCAGAUAGAGGUUUGCAGAGAUAAGGGCUGGACUGUGCAAUUUAACUGGUUUUUACAUCUUGUGCUUGGAAUCAAACAAGGAGUAGAAAAGCAUUCUGCUUAAUAUUUUAUGUAAAUUAACCGUGGGUGUGAAUAGGAGGUUAGUGAAUCUACAUGUUAUUUAUGAAUUCUGAAUAAAUGAGCAGUCAAAAUUGCCUUUUCUUUGCUGGCAGCUUAAAUGGAUCUUCUGAAAAGGCAAGGACACCUGCUCUGCCCCUCCAGAAGAUCUUCCUGCAGUUAAGAUUUAUUAUUUUUUUUAAUGUCUAAUGACAACUUCGAGUUGCUGGAUUCUUAUAAGUAGUUGCUUUGCUGAUGUGGCCAGCAUUUUUUUUUUGUUUUCUUUAGUAAUAAUUUCAGAUAAAUAUGAAGGAGGAGCUUGAGUAAGAUGAUAACCUGCAAAUUCAAAUAGAAAACCCCUAUGACAUUACCUUAAUUGUUCAUGAGGGUGAUGCCCUUCAAAAGCAGAAGAAUCUAUUUAAAAUUUAUGGUUAUAUUGAAAUCCCUGUAGGCAAUUGACAUCUUUCUUGGGAUGGCUUACACUCAAGUGUUCUUUGCCCACAUCCUUCUCUUUUGUCCCUUCCUUAACACGUUGUCCUUUUUGGAUUUUUAAUAUGUUGUCAGUAGAAAACAGCUUUGGCUCUACCACUAGAGGAAUUUAUCUUAACUGUUAAUGUAGCCUCCUGACAUAGACAACUGAGCUUGACUGUCCUGUCAGGAGAACUUCAGAGUUACCUGGAAGUUCCUCAGGUUUGAACCUGAAAUUCUGAAGGUUUAAUUUUGAAAGGUUUUUUUAACUGUACUUUUUAAUGGGGAACGUCCAUAUUAUAUAACAGAUUCUAUUCUUACUGUAAAGUUACUAAAAUUCCACCUGUAUAGUAAAAGCUUUGUAGAAAAAGCAAUGGUACUUCCUUAUUCCUCAGAGAAAACUCCUUAGGUAAGAGUAAUUGACAUUUUACCAAAUAUUUGAGAAACCCAAAGUUAUUUAUUCUUUGGUGAUAUAUUUUCAGGAUAUACCUACAAGGAAAUAAAUGUAAUCUUUAAAAUUGUGUAUAUUUUGCUAUUUAUUUUUAAAUUCCUUAAGAGACUAUACUCCUGAAAAGCUAUUUAUGAAAGAAAAAAAGGCCUUAUCUUUAAUUUCAAUAUUUAAACUUAAAAGAGGACAAAAUGGGCAGUGUUAAGUAGAAUUUUAACUUCUCUACUGUAGGAUGCCUGCAAAUCAUCAAGUCUGCCUGUGGUAGGAAAGAAAAAAAAUAUAUAGCAUGAAUUAGUCUUUGACUUGAAUUAUUAUGGUAUACGUCCUGCUAAUUGAUUUUUACCAAAGAGAGAAGAUGGCUUACAAUAUUGCUUUUUUGCACUUGUGCCCGUGUAAUUUCUUCUUCCAUUGUAGUGUUACAUGGGGUUUACGUUACAUAUAAAUGAUUAACUGAAUUUUUCAGUUCUGUUAUCAUUUGCUUUGAUCAUUUCACAGAACUGUUAAGAUUUUAACGACUGCUACCACUGUUACUACUGAGUGUAUUCUUGAAGGAUUUUUCAUAAAUGUACUGUAAUUGGUGUCUCACUUAUGAGAUAUAGCAAAUCUAUUCUUGAAAUGUAGAUGUUUAAUCAGUUACUGUGCACAACUAUUUUUGAUGUAUAUGGUAGAUGCCAGUUAAGGAAAUCUAAAAAGUUAAAAUGUAGACUAUUUUGUUGUUCUGUUACAUGAUUAUUCUGUGUGAGAUAGGCUUAAGACCAUACUAAAAUAUAAACUAAAUGUUGAAUAUUGUCUGUAAAAUGAUAUUUUUAGAUUUGUAUUUUAUAGAUCUGAAAUAAAUUGACAUGUUCUAUGCA